AUGGCGGAAGGGAGACUACGAAAGCCAGAACCCCUGAGUUUCGGAACAAAUGCCGAGGAAAGUUGGCGAAUACACGAACUAUCAGAACAAGAUGCUAAGUUUAUGCAAAAUAAACUUAAUGGAAUAUUGGAAGAGUACAAGGACCUGUUUGAUAACACUCUAGGGAAACUGCCAACACGGUACAAAAUAACGGUGGAUCCAGAAGUCACACCGAUAAUCCGGGCGGUAAGAAAAGUGCCAGUUGCUGUGAAAGAUAAGCUGAAAGAAGAGCUUGACAACAUGGUUGCUAAGGGAAUUAUAGCACCAGUUACAAAACCUAUAGAUUGGGUAUCUGCUUUAGUGGUUGUAAUGUUAUUGGUGACUACAAAAAAGAACUCUGAUGAACUGCGCAUUUGCUCAGAUCCUGGUGAUCUUAAUAAAGCAAUCAAGAGACCUCGAUAUCCUUUGCGUACUAUUGAGGAGGCAGUGUCAAACAUGCCCAACGCAAAAUACUUCACCGUGGUGGAUGCCAAACAAGCGUUCUACCAUAUUCCAUUGGAGGAGAAGUCGUCAUAUCUGACAUGCUUUGGAACACCGUAUGGUCGUUACAGAUACUGUCGCAUGCCGAUGGGAAUCAGUUCAGCAUCAGAAGUCUACCAGUGUGCAAUGGAACAUUUGCUAGCUGGAUACCCAUGUUUGGUGAUAGUGGAUAACAUUCUGGUGUAUGGAGCCACGGAAUUGGAGCAUGAUGACAAUCUCAAGAAAGUGUUAAAGCGUCUCCGAGAAAUCAACUUAAAGUUGAGUGUGCGCAAAUGUCAGUACAAGCUGCAAGAAGUACCAUACAUUGGACAUGUACUGUCCAAGGACGGACUGAAACCGGACCCAGAAAAGGUCCGAGCAAUCAGUGAAAUGCCGACACCACAAGAUGCGACUGACCUGCUUCGUUUUUUUGGAAUGGUGAAAUAUCUCGCCAAGUUUGUGCCUAACCGCAGUGAAAAGGCCGCGCCGCUGAAUGAACUGCUGAGAAAAGACAAUGAAUGGAAAUGGGAUAUAUCCCAGCAAUUUCGUGAUUACGUGUUUGGCAAGAAGGUGACGAUUGAAACAGACCAUCAGCCAUUAGUAUCAAUAGUGAAGAAACCACUAUCUGCAACUCCAGCAAGAUUGCAAUGCUUGCUGUUGAGGCUGCAAAGCUACAGUUUUAACCUGGUGUACAAGAAAAGUAGUGAUCUCUACCUAGCAGAUACAUUGUCGAGGGCAUACUUGCCAAUCAAGGACAGUGACACAGAUCUAGAGAGCACACAGGACUAUGAAAUACUAUCAGUGUUGCCAAUCAGUAGUAAGAAGCUGGAGGAGCUGAAGGAAGCUACUUCCAACGAUGUCACACUCAAAAAAGUUCACAAAGCCAUCGUCAUGGGUUCGUCGAAAAGUGAAUCUGAGCUCAGACCAUUCUAUCCAUUUGGUGAUGAACUGAUUGAAGACGAGGGUGUGAUACUGAAAGGUCAGAAAAUAGUGGUACCAAAAGCACUGCAGCGUGAAUACGCUAACUUAGUACACAGUGGUCAUUUGGGGGCAGAAGCCACCAAGCGUCGUGCAAGAGACAUCAUGUACUGGCCAAGCAUGUGUCGAGACAUAGAUGACAUAAUAGGCCAGUGCAACAUAUGCCAUAGCACAAAAUUGCACCAAUCGAGAGAACCACUACUACCAUAUCCAGUGCCAAGCAGACCAUGGGCAAUAGUCGGAACGGAUUUAUUUGAGUGGCAUGGCAUCAUGUACCUUGUCCCAGUAGACUCGUACUCUGGAUGGUUCGAACUGAGCACAGUUACGGACACAUCGACUAAAACAGUAGUGCAGAAACUCAAAUCGCAUUUCUCCAGGUUUGGUAUUCCAGACAUGCUGAUCUCCGACAGUGGAUCACAGUUCACGUCGAGAGAAUUUAAGGACUUUGCAGCAGCAUGGGGACUCCAUCAUACAAUGAGCAGUCCACAUUUCCACAGUAGCAACGGACUGGCGGAGAAAGCUGUUCAAUCUGCUAAGCAGCUACUAGAGAAAUCGUUCAGAGACGGCACGGAUCCCUACCUGAACAUUCUGAAUUGGCGCAAUACGCCAAGAGACAACACAUUGGGAUCGCCAGCGCAACGGAAUUUGUCGCGUCGAACAACAACAACAAUUCCUACGGCUGAAGCUCUGUUAAAACCAGAGAUAUUGGACCCUGAGUCUUUUCUCUGA